UCCUCUCCUGCGCAAACAGCGUAGUCAGCGGAAGGUCGUUUGUUUUCGUCAAUGUGGUUGAUCAUAGCGUCGCUGAAAGUGUUACAAACUGUUAUUAUCUCAGUGAAAACACCUAAUUACACUGUAGCUAAGCGUCUGAGUGCUGCUUCUGGACAACACACAGCUUGUCCGGUAUUGUUGUGUCUUUUUUGGGGGUAGGUUUCUGCGUCUUGACGGAUUUGGAGAAGAAACUGGAAGCUCGGCAUAUUUGAAGUUGCAUGUUGGUGAAAAUGUCCUCUAAGUCGAGCUCGAACAACAUGGCCCUUGCGAGGAGGACGGUACAGCAGCUCCGGGUCGAGGCCAGUAUCGAGAGGAUAAAGGUGUCCAAAGCUUCAGCAGAUCUCAUGCGCUACUGCAGCGAGCACGCCAAGUACGACCCCCUGCUCAUGGGCAUCCCGGCUUCAGAAAACCCCUUCAAGGACAAAAAGCCUUGCACGUUAUUGUAGUUAACUUCUUUGCACUUUGCCUUCUUUCUUAUUUAAUUAACACUACCGCUCAACACUGCCUUAACUCUAACUGGACCAGGCUGCGUGUAAAUCCACUGUGUAUUAACGUCAAUCAACACUAAUCACAGCCCAACGAUUAGCAUCUUUUUGUUGUUAUGGAUAGCGUAUAGCGUGUGUUCCUUUGUUGUUCAUACUGAACUUAAUGCAUUCCAGGGAGUAAAAACUGUGCCAUGAAACCAAUAUGUUUUGGUCUGUAUGAGAGUAAAUAAUUCCAUCCCUCAUUUUUUCCAUCACUGUUGCUCGGUGCCAAACAGCUUACAUCAAAUUGGAUAUAAAAAUCAUGCAUGCAGGAAGUUAUUUGAGUUUAGAACGGUAUUGAAAAUUGAAAGUAGUACAAGUGAUGCAAUACAAUAUGAUUUAAGUAUUGUGGAAGCAACAUUGUUACCUUUGAAGAGGCCACACCCCUUUCACAUUCAUACAAUUAUACAUGUAUUAUUUAGUUUUACAAAUUAUAAUCUGCGUCCUUAAACGACCAGUUGUAUAGUGCAUCACUCACACACACACACACACACACACACACACACACAUAUGAGUGUAAUAUGAUGAAAAGAACGGUGAGACUUCGAUAAUAAAGCUGUUGUUCUAGUUUAAACGACGCAGUGCCUUACACUACAGUACAUGCCACAUUGUUCCUCGUACGUGACGCUAUGAAAACAUCUGAUUACGUCUACUCACGUCACACUGCACCUUUCACAUCGCAGUGCAGCAUGGGAAAAGCCACCUUUGUCCCACUGACCUCAAACGUCUCUCCUCAGAUUGCAAGAGCUUUGUAACAAGAGGUUAUGUUUAGAGUUUAUUCUCUGUCGGUCGAGAUAUUGUAGGAAUUCCGUUUACAGUCAAAACACCACAUGGUCAUGUUAUAGCACAGGGAAUGCAAGACGAGCUGAAGAAUUAGCAGCGGGGCGCCAAUACUUAAAAGCACCCGUGAUCCUGGUCGCCAUUUUGAGGUUUGAGAUUAUACACUUCGGAAGCUGAACUUAACUACAAGGCAUUAGCAUGCGAUGCAGCGGCUUUCAAAUUUUGAACGGACUUUGCGUUUUUAAAUAUUCAGACACUAUUAUGUAAAUGUCAUCCUUCUGGAUAAUUAGCGAGCGCAGCAGUGAGGUUUCGGAAUAAAAAGUUCCGUAGAGAGAUUGAUGUUUAGGGGUCAAUUUCAAACCUGAUAGAAUCGAAGCCAUAGGUUUAAUCCGAUGUGAACUUUAUUGCAAAACAGCAUUGCUGAAAUCUUGUUUCAAUCCUAAAUGUCAUUCGAAGAUGCGUCAUUUUAAGAUACGUCUUUUAAAUUCUAAGUUACGUCAUUCAAGUUACGUUGUCCUAAGUUACGUCCUA